CGCCGAUCGACGCGAGAUCUUCCUAAGGCGAGUCUUAUUCGAGAAUCCAGGUCGCGCGAGCUCCGAAACGUUUAAUUUAAGGGAACCUAAAGCUGAGAUCGUUUCGGGUUAAUUUAACCACAAAGUGAUCGUUAUUCCGUAUCAAACAUGCGUUUGGUCCUCUCGUUGUGUCUUGGGUUAGUCGUUGGCUCCUGCUGCUCUGAAAUAACGAAGAGAUACAAAGAUGGUGAUCUUCCGGGCGUGCAACAAAGUGCAGCGGGUCACCACCAAUCAGGGGUUAAUGAGAAUUCGAAGGAAAUUGACGUGCACCAAUCACAUGGAAAUCUUGAAAACAUGAAUUACGCGGCCGAUGGGUUCCAAAUUAAAAAAGGAUGUCCCCUGUGCGAUAGCUCGGUAUACCCUUAUUGCGGUGAUAAAUUGUUGCAUGACGCCUGCUGUUGCACGGAUCCAUAUCUACACGAGCUACCCUAUAUUUGUCGCUUAGCAGAUUGUAAAUUUUUACAUGCCAAUUCUUGUCGAGAGCAUCGACUCAUCAGUAAUUGUUGCUGCAGUGAUCAGUAUCGGUCUCUUUUAAGAAGUCUUGCACUUCAGUGAGUGGUGCAAUUGUUGAUCUUCACUGUUUUCAUUUUUUUAUACUUUUCUACAUCUACGGUCAUAAAUGUAAAUGUAAAUUAACCUAGUAGUUAUUGCCUUAUAUCAUUUAUGGCUGAAUUGCAAAAUAAUAUAAAGUUACAAUGCAUUUGACCAGAAUGAGUCAUCGUGGAAUAAUUUGGGUAGAAAGUAGUUCCAGCUUCUGUUUAAAGGCAACUCGAUCAUUAACACAAAAAUUACAUUUCAUUGACUGUAUGAAAAAUGUUUAUGUAUAUUAUUAUUGUCAGUCAUCGAGACAUUUAGACGU